CUGCUUUUUUGCUUCUUAAGGUUUUUUGAAAUGGUAAACGUCGAAACGACAAAAAUAGAAACAAAAAACGACGACGGCAGCCGUGGUUGCAAAAGCGAAAGCCGAAGCUUCUUUCCUCUUUCGAUAUUUUUUUUCUUAUUUGUUUGUAUUUAAUUCACAGUUGAUCACUUUCCAACCAAUCCGCGUUUCGAAUAUUACAAUAAAUUAAAUUCGAAGAUGAAGAAGAAGAAGAAGACUUGUUGAUUUUACUUAGAAUCUUGAUCUUUGAUUCCUACGGUUAUCUUCCUCUACAGUACGAAACAGUUUCUUUCGUCUUCAGCUGGGAGGCAGGGAUGGGUGAUGUUAUGUCAGACAAUAUUUUGACUGAAUACUAUAUUCCAGAUUAUAUACUUGUUCCUGGAUCAGAACCAAAGAAACCACUACGGAUACCUUCUUGUCCAGUGUUAGUGUUUAUCAACUCCAAAAGUGGUGGACAGCUUGGUGGGGAUCUUCUCCUUACGUACCGUUCUGUUCUUAACAAAAAGCAGGUUUUUGAUUUGAGAGAGACAAAACCUGAUAAGGUGUUACACCAAAUUUUUGCCACUCUGGGGACACUUGAACAGCAUGGGGAUGUUUUGGCUCCAGCUAUUCAGAAUAGCUUGAGAAUAAUUGUUGCAGGUGGCGAUGGCACAGCUGGCUGGCUUCUUGGUGUAAUAUCCGAUCUUAAACUGCCUCAGCCACCUCCAGUUGCUACAGUGCCUCUGGGAACUGGAAACAACCUACCGUUUUCUUUUGGCUGGGGAAAGAAAAAUCCUGGUACAGACUGCCAAUCUGUAUUGUCCUUCUUGGAACAAGUAAAGAAUGCAAAGGAAAUGAAAAUUGACAGCUGGCAUAUUAUCAUGCGAAUGAGGGCCCCUACGGAAGGUUCCUGUGAUCCCAUUGCACCUCUUGAACUACCCCAUUCUUUGCAUGCAUUUCAUCGCAUCUCUCAAACAGACAAACUUAACAUGGAGGGUUAUCACACGUACCGGGGAGGAUUUUGGAACUACUUCAGCAUGGGAAUGGAUGCUCAAAUAUCAUAUGCAUUUCACUCAGAGAGGAAAUUGCACCCAGAAAAAUUCAGAAAUCAGUUAAUUAAUCAGAGUACUUACAUAAAGCUUGGAUGUACUCAAUCAUGGCUUUCUUCUCCUUUUCAUCCUUCUUCACUGAACGUAGCUCAGCUAACAAAGGUUAUGAUUAUGAAGAAGCAAGGCCAAUGGGAGGACCUCAACAUACCUCGCAGCAUUAAGUCCAUCGUCUGCCUUAAUUUGCCUAGUUUCUCUGGAGGUUUCAAUCCAUGGGGAAAACCAUACAGGAAGAAAUACCGUGAUAGAGGCUUUACUCCUUCUUUUGUGGAUGAUGGCCUGAUUGAGAUUGUAGGUUUUAGAAAUGUGUUGCAUGGGCUUGUUUUGCUUGCCCCAAACGGACAUGGAACUCGUUUAGCACAGGCCAACGCCGUCCGCUUUGAGUUCAACAAGGGAGCAGCCGAUCACACGUUUAUGAGGAUGGAUGGAGAACCAUGGAAACAACCCCUCCCAGUAGAUGAUGACACAGUUGUUGUUGAAAUAUCUCACUUUGGUCAAGUAAGCAUGCUUGCCACCCCAUUUUGCAGAUCCAAAAGUGUGCACGAUCCCUCUUCACCUACCAGUUGCUGCGACGAGGAUAAUGAAGAUAGUACUGAUGAAGGAGAAUCUCCUGAUGAUUGGGAAGAAAAAAGAAAGUUCGGGGCAGCUGACUCUUUCAAAUUUCCUACUGAAUUUGACCUAACUCACCUCAGUUAAGUUCCUCCCAUCUGAUUUACUACCCCUGCU